CAUGGCGGCGCCCGAGCCGCCGCCGCCGCCCGAGGGCUGCCGGGCGCUGAACGCGCUGCUAAGCGGCAUCGCCCAGGCCGCCUUCCACGGCAACGCCGGCAUCACCGAGGAGCUGCUGCGCGCCCAGCUCUACCCCGAGGCACCGCCGGAGGAGUUCCGCGCUCUGCGGGCCAAGAUGGGCGGCCUCCUGCAGUCAAUUGCUUCAGCAGACAUGGAUUCGAAUCAGCUGGAAGCUUUCCUCACUGCCCAGACCAAAAAACAAGGUGGCAUCACGUCAGAUCAGGCUGCAGUCAUUGCAAAAUUUUGGAAGAACCACCGGCCUCAAAUCCACGAGAGCCUGAUCAGUCAGAGCCGCUGGGAUCAUGGCUUGAAAAACGUGAGCUGGCGAGUGGACCUGAAGUCACAGCUGAGGCACGCUGAUCAGAUAAACACUCCUGUCGCAAUCGUUGAGAUGGAACUGGGGAAGAACGGGCAGGAAUCGGAGUUUCUCUGCCUGGAGUUUGAUGAGGCCAAGGUGAGCCAGAUGCUGAAGAAACUCUCAGAAAUAGAGGAAAGUAUGACUUUGUUGACUCAGACUGCUUAAUCAAAUAAAGAGAUUGCAACUUACCAAAAAAAAAAAAAAAAAAAAUAAAAAAGACCCUUGGUACCUUUUCAUAAUUCCUAUUUCAGCACAUAAAAUAGGUGGUGCUGGUUAAAUCCAGAUGAUAACCCCAAGAAUGGGCUAAGUCCCUAAGGAUUCAGUGCUUCCCAAGGGCUGCAGGAGCCAGGGGACAAUCAGGGGAGCAUCUCCUGGGCAGCGGGAGGUGCUGCUUUUCCAAAAGGAGCACUCUGCAUGUACAGAGCACCUGAUCCAGCUGUUUGCUGGCCAGCCUUCACCUCUGAUGUGCUUCCCUAAAGAGCAUCCACCCUCAUCCCCUUCUGGCUCUUGGGCUGUGGUGCUUGGAGUGUUUGAGGGGCCAGUUUCUUGUCAGAGCACAGCUGAACUUGGCCGCUCUUAGUGCUGCUUUUCACGCUUUGGUUUGACCUGAGAAAGCCUCAGAUGGAGGCAGCCACGACACACAGAGGGAUGC